AUGCCGCCCCGGCUCAACAACAUCAAGCGCACUAAGAGCACCACCCUCCUCGCCUACGGCAGCUUCCUCCUCACCGCCCUCUCACUGCUCCACCUCCCGGCCCCGGCCGUCGCAACAACACCAGAAGCCUACCCGCAAUUCAACGUCUCGGCAGCGCUAUGGUCGAACGGACCGGCAGAGGCCGAGGUGGAAGGCUUCUUCUCGACAAGUGGGCAUACGAAUAAUUGGGCAGUGUUGGUCUGCACCUCGCGGUUUUGGUUCAACUAUCGGCAUAUCGCAAACACAUUGUCGAUGUACCACACGGUCAAACGCCUCGGCAUCCCCGACUCGAACAUCAUCCUGAUGCUCUCUGACGACGUCGCCUGCAAUGCACGCAACCAUUUUCCCGCUACCGUUUACAACAACGUCGGACGCUUCCUCGACCUCUACGGCAAAAACAUCGAAGUCGACUACCGUGGCUACGAAGUCACCGUCGAAAACUUCAUCCGCCUCCUAACGGGUCGUCACGACCCCUCCAUCCCGCGCUCCAAACGGCUGCUCACCGACGACCGCAGCAACAUCCUUGUGUAUAUGACCGGCCACGGCGGCGAGGAGUUCCUGAAAUUCCAAGAUGCCGAGGAGAUCAGCAGCUAUGAUAUCGCUGACGCGUUCGGGCAGAUGCAUGAGAAGAGCAGGUAUCAUGAGAUCUUCUUUAUGAUCGAUACCUGCCAGGCGGCGUCGAUGUAUAAGCAGAUCUACUCGCCCAAUAUCAUCGCAGCGGCAUCGGCGUUGACGGGGCAGAACUCGUAUUCGCAUCAUUUGGACCCGGAGAUUGGCGUUGCGGUUAUUGAUCGAUUUACAUAUUACAAUCUGGAGACAUUGGAGAGAUUGCAGAAUGGGGCGCAGGAUACUUUGCAGGAACUGUUUCAGACCUACUCGGUAUCCGCAAUUGCAUCCACGCCCGGCAUCAGGACAGAUCUCUACCCGCGUGGCACCCAGAAGGCCCUAGUAACAGACUUCUUCGGCGGCGUCCAAAACAUUGAGCUCACCAAAAAGGGCUACACACUCACACCGCGCGCCUCCAGUGACAUCGCUCCCUCCCGCCGCAAAGGUAAAGCGGUCCAUCAUCGCAAAGAGACUGCUAUCGCAACAGCAACUGCAUCAAAGACGGUUAGGAAUAGCGCAUUACCCCUCCAAGACGCCGGGCGGCCGUCCCUGGUGCCCUUCCUGGCCGGCGCGGUGGUGUGUGCGGCGCUGGUGUGGGCGGUACAGACUGUGGGGAUCACUGGCGAAAGGGGGAAGGCGUAUGCGGGGAGACAUAGGAAGGUGCGGUGA